AUGCAGUCGGUUCACAACACCUGGUCGUCCUGCGAAAGCAAAGUCAUUUGCAAGCGUUUGACUGAACCCAGGUCACCGCGCAACACAGCCCUUGCGCUUUCCCACCUGCUUGGUGUGAUCUCUCCUGCCAGGACCACACCUUUGCACUUACCUAACCUGGACCAUCUAUCGGUCGAAAUACUCCUGAGAGGUGUUCGGGGAAUUCAUGACUUUGUAUUAAGCUUGAGAGAGCUAAAUUCGGCCUUCUGUGAUUCUCAUCUUCCUUCGACACGGGCUCCUGAGACGAAAUUAUUGGAUCGUAUAUCACCAGUUGAUUCACGUAAUCAACAGUAA